UUUACAUUAGUUUUUUGUUUAUGUUGGGAAGUCGUCGGAAAAUUCGGCUGUUUUGUGUGUGUGCCGCAAUGAAAAGCUGCUAAAAAGCUAAAUAUAAAAAUCAGCGCAGCGCGCGGCCGUCUGUCGGUGUAUUGUUUUCAAAGUGCAGUCAGUAGGCAGCAGCAAUUGAUGAGAAAAAAUUAUGUGAAGCAGAAACGCAGUUUUUGUUUGUGUGUAUGUGUAUGUACAUUGUGUUUCUGUAUGUGUAUUGUGCAAUGAAACUGGAAAACCAUUAUUAUUAAUGAAAACGCGUGAGAUGUACAACGACAACGACAACGACCAACUCCUCCCACUUGUACGUGUUGUAGGGGUGAAGGGUGUUUGACUGCUGUGUCUGUGCGUGUUAGUGUGUUUGUGCGUGUACGAUAAGACUUGUAUUUGCGGGCAAUAUAUAACUGAAUAUAUAUGCAGAGUAAAUGUCAAAGAAGGCGAUACGUAAUAUGCACACGCAUUAAUAACAGCAAAAGGUCAAAAGUUAAGCUGAAAACAGGACCAAGACGCCGUAAUGUUGUAAGUCAGCGGCAACAGUAAGAGAAAGAGAGAAAAAGAGAGCGCAUGUUGGUGUGAGUGCACACGAUAAGAACAAAGAGAAGAGAAAAGAGCACGGAAAACCCGUCAAAGAAUCAGCAGUAGAGGGCAAAUCAAAAGACUGCUAACAACUAAUAAACAAACAUCAAAUAAUAACAACCAUAAAACAUAUACAAACCGAAAAUGUCGGCCGCGGAGCUUGAGACUGAAAGUUCCGCACAGGAGCAGCAACCGAAACAACAACAAAACGUACACACAAGCAACAAUAACAGCACUGCCAAUGAUGCUGAAGCCAAUACAUUUGGCAUAGACCUAGAAGAAACGAUUGAGACUAUGGCAUCAAGCAACAGCUAUAGCAUUAAUAUGGAGCAACAAAAGCUGCAGCUCAAUAAUAUGCAACAGCAUGCCCAAUUGCAACAGCAGCAACAUGCACAGCAGGAGCAAGAACAGCAGCUAGAUCAACAAGGCGAUAUGGGUUUGGGGAUGACACUGAUGCAAUCAUCGCCACCACCACACAGCUAUCGACACUCACGCGCCUAUCGUCACUUUAAGAACCCGCCACAGCCGCACAUGUGCAUACGCACCACCACUGAAACUGGUGAGGAGUUGUUCAUCAAUGUGCUAAGCUGGACACGUAUAGUAAUACCACAGGAGCCCAGUGAUCCUAUACCUUUGUAUGGAGGCAUGCGCGUGCCGCCUGGCAGCCCGCGCAGUCCACCCAUUGUGUUUGCCGUUAUGGCCAAUCCUGAAGUGCUUAAAGACUCUGGACGCCAUAGCAAGGAUCCAGAGGAACGACGUGCUAUGGUGGAGCUAAUGUGCGACUUUGUGGAGGCUAUGAAUCCCGGCGUGAAAUUAGUCAGAAACGCCGUUAUACUCAAGGAUCGUGACAUUUCGGGCGAGCUUAAGGAUGUCUGGAAUGCUGUGCAGGCGCAGCGGGAUCGGGAACGUGAGGAGCAAAUGUUGCAGCAGCGUCAACAGCAGCACUAUCAAAACAUCACUACGCAACAAAUGUUUCCCAAGUCACCGGAUGCAUUGCGUGCUGGCAGUGCUGCGCAAUCAAAUACUUCCGAGAUCGGCUUGCCCCCAGCAUACAAUGCCGAUCUUAUGACGGCGGAACAUGGGAAUGGCAUUACAUUGGCCGUAUUUGCCCAACAGCUCGAUAACAAGGUAGCCAGUGAGCAGUUGGAUGAACACCAGCAGCAAGAACAACAAGUGGGUAGCAAUGAGGGAACGCCUGGCGAUUCUUGCAGUGAUCAAACGGAUGCGGGUGUCGUUGUUAAUGGUAACAACGGCUCUCCAUCUGCCUCAGAAAAUCUAUCAACGCCAGAGCAAGCGACACAUGAGCCUGAGAGCAAAUCAGUCAAUACGACUACCAGCAAUGGCAUUAGUGCUCCAUUAAAUACAACAACAGCUCCAACGCCAAACGCUGCAGCUGUUCAGCCCACAGCCACACCUACGCCCACGCCUCCUGUAGCCACAGCUACGCCCACUCCAGCAGCGCCAGUAAAGAAGGAGAAACUUGGCGGCUUCUUGCCCAACGGUUGCAUAUUCCCGCGUUUCAAGAAUAAUAAGCAUAAGGAUAAAGAUGGAAAUCACAAGGAGAGCAAGAGCAAAGAGAAAACACUGCUUAAUGCGCUAAAGAAGAGUAAGGAAAAGAAAGUGGCGCCCAGCGAACAAACACCCGGUGACAAAACAGCCACUGACAAUGGCACCACACAAUACGAGAAGAACUGCAUCAACAAUCUCGAGUGUGAGGUGCAGAAGCUCGAUCUGAAUAGCAGCAACAACGACAACAACAUGUUCAUCAAGCUUAAAGUGGCGCCCAGUGCAACAUCGGCAGCGGCCGCUGUAGCCAAGUAGUUAAGUAUAAAUGAUAACAAGGAUAACAUCAAGUUUCGUAAGUAGGAAGAGUAAAGGCACGAUAGGAGUAAUGAGUAGACAGAGAACUACUUUUUGGGUAGCACUAGCACUUCAUUAGCACCUAGGCGUAUUUAGAGUCGUGGACGUUUAAUAUAUACAAGAUUUACAUAAAUACAAACAUGCAUAUA